AUGUGGAUUACCGAACUUGAAGGCCGUUCCCUAACUAUUGGCAUCACCGUAACAUGCGGCGUCGCUUUCAUGCUCUUUGGCUUUGACCAGGGAGUCUUUGGGGGUAUUCUUGGCAACCCACGGUUCAUGUCGACCUUCAAAAAUCCGACGCCUACCAUUCAAGGCCAGAUUGUGUCAACCUACGACAUAGGCUGCAUCCUUGGAGCACUCAUGACCAUUUUUAUCGGUGACCAUCUGGGCAGGAAGAGGACGAUCAUGUUGGCAUGUCUCUUUGUCAUUAUCGGCGGCGCCCUGCAAGCUUCGUCGUUCUCCCUCCCGCACAUGAUUAUUGCCAGAGUCAUCGGCGGGCUGGGGAUUGGUAUGGAGUCAGCCGCCAUUCCCAUGUGGCAGAGCGAGACGUGUAAACCUCAGCAUCGCGGCAAACUCGUCGCCCUUCAGCUCGUGCUCGUCAUCGGCGGCAUUGUCCUGACCGAGUGGAUGAAUCUUGGCUUCUCUUAUAUCUCGGACAAACCUGUUAGCUGGAGGUUCCCGCUCUCCUUCCAAUGUUUCUUCGCCAUUCUGGCCAUAUUUAUGGUUGCAUGCAUGCCUGAGUCUCCUCGAUGGCUCUGCUUGAAAGAGCGAAACGACGAAGCUCAAGUGGUUAUUGCUCGCCUCAUGGCAAAACCGGUUGACAGCGACGAGGUCGUCGAAUCCCUCCAGCUGAUCAUAGGAACAGUCGCUCACGAAAAAGAACUCGAAAAUGUCGGCUGGCGCGAGAUAUUUUCAAACGGGGAGCAGCAGACCUUCCGCAGAAUUUGCUGGGUGCCGGAUGCUCGCUGUUCCAGCAGAUGGGUGUCUUUUGGCUUCAGCAAUCAACUGGCCUUGAUUCUCACGGCGGUUGACUUCAUAUCCUUGAUGAUUUGGGGCAGUGUGGUCAUGCUCGCUAUCGACAGGUGGGGACGUAGAAAGCUCAUGCUCUUGGGUGCUUUCGGAAUGGGGUGCUCCUUCACCGUUGCUGUCAUAGGCUUGGCGCUUAAGACAAAAGCCUCUUAUGCGGUUGCUGUGACUGGCAUCUUUGUCUACAAUGUCUUUUUUGGAAUAUCGUUCCUCUCCAUUCCGUUCAGUUAUCCUUCCGAGAUCAAUUCGCAGCGCCAUCGAAACCUGGGGGCGUCUGUUGCUAUGAUGACGCAAUGGCUCUUUGUCUAUGUUAUCGUUCUCAUCACACCAAUUGGAAUUGCCAAUAUCGGCUGGAGGUUCUACAUCAUCUUCGCUGUGUUGAAUUUUGUCUGGGUGCCCAUCAUCUAUUACUUCUACAUCGAGACGGCAGGGCUCUCCCUUGAGGAGAUCGACAAGCUCUUUGAGAUCCACUACACGGGAGGCAAAGGCAUGACUUGGAAGGAAGCAACGCGUCUCGCGAAGGAGCACAUCGCCCUCACCAAGAUUCAGAUCCACGACAAAACUCAACUCGCUCACAACGCGGAAGUUGAUCAUGUUGAGAGUGACGAGAAAGGCGCCUCUGUUGAGCGAAUUUCUGUGUAG